UACACGUGCACCGCGAGAGAAGGACAUGCAGACUCCAGACAGCUGGUCCUUGAGAAAUCUGGUUGGUGAAACAUUUCGGUUAUAUAUGCUUCAUAUCUGCCUUCAUCGACGCCAGAGAGCGGGAAAAAUGAUCACGGUUACACCCCGACCUGCGCCGCUCGUCUGCUGUGGAAGGCUUGGAUGCACUUCACUUUUGGUUGGAGCUCUUGUUGUGGGAAGAGACGGCUCGGCCCAGGGGAGAGGACACGGCAACUGGUUGGCGUCGCGUUGGCGACGCGUGGUAGUAUGUUGCAUUUGUGGCCUCAAGCGGGAUUAAAAAAAGCUACCAUCGACCCAGCAGUGACAGCUAAUAAACAGCUCCUCUUGCUUGAUCAUUCAAUACUGCACGGCUGCCGCAGUUGUCCGCAGGCAACAUGCAUGGAGAUGCCCCAUUUGGUAUGGACGGCUCCGCCUAUUCGACUCAGCGUCGAGCUCAUCCUUUCCGUGUGGUGUGGCUCGAAUUCAACAUUGGAGGGACGGGCCGGUGCGGCGUGUAAGGACAGGUAUACUUGUGUCUCGGACGUCGAUGCUCAGGGACAGGAACCCCCUUCACAUGAAGAAAGCAGGGAGGUUUGCUUCCGAGGCAAAGAGAAGCUUCUCUGGCAAGUUUCUUCAAUCAUUCACAGCACAACUUUCAAGCUUUUACAAUCACGACUACCGCUAUGUACGUACAGUGCAGCACAACCACAUGGCCAGUUUCCUACACCUCUCACCGGGAUUGGAUUUAUCGAUCCAGGCAUUUGCAACCGGGCAUCCUCACACGGCCAUAUAGUGUAGGAAGGCUGUUGCUGCAAAGGCUAGGAGGGAACGCCAGCAACCAUCUCGCACACCCCGACAGGGACAAGCAAUUGGAGACGCAAGGCUCGCCCUUCUUCUGUUGUCAACUGUACUGCCGGUACCUAGAGCCCUUGACUCAGUUGAGUGGAGCUCACGGCGGCGGUCCGAGGGCAAUGAUGCUCUGGACACUCCAUGUUCCGGCCGUCGGCGUCCCGCACCAUCGGCGGAGGCGGUGGGGCAACCCGUCAAGGUGCCGGACUGCUUCCGUCACCUCCGUCACUAAUACCGCUCCGGUCGGGUCCGGCUCCUUCCAGCCUGUUUCCUACCUAGGUACAGCACAUACAUGGGCCCACGUGUAAAACAUUCUAGCCUUCAA